UAUUUACUACUACUGAAUAGUAUCAAAUCUACCCAAUCGUGACCCAAGGAAGACAGAAAAUGCGCCUUCCAUGAACAUCCGUCUUGUCGGGCAAAAGUCCGUACGGUCGGCGAUAUGCGCCUAUGGCAAUCGCUCUGAAUUGGCGUUUCCGGUCAAUCAAAACCAAACGAUUUGAGGUCCAUUUAUCUGGAUGUGGGGGCACCACAUUCCACCUCAACUGAUAAGACUUGAAGGUGGAGAUAAAUAUCUCCAGCAUUGUCGCGACUGGAGAUUCCAGUAGUUACUCUAUCAACUUUGACUUUGUUUUUCCCAUAGAAAAGGUAUCUAAGCAAAUAUGUCAACUUCAACGGCAACCGAAACUACUACCCAACAGAAGGUAGUCGUUUCCACUGCAGACUACAGUAACAUGAAUGUGAAGCCUGCGGUCGAGGAUGCCGUUUUCCAAGCAACUGCCCGUGGCGACCGUAAUGGAACGCUUAAAUUACCAGGAAUUCCAGUAUUCACAGACCUCUACGAGAAACGUAAAUGGAUGAAAGAGCACAUGGCGGCCGCGUUCCGUUUCUUCGGAAAGCAUGGACACGGCGAAGGUAUCUCUGGACACAUCUCCAUGAGAGAUCCUGUUUUGAAAGACCAUUUCUGGAUGAACCCCUACGCCAAACAUUUCUCUGCCAUGAAAGCCUCCGAUCUCGUCCUUGUCGACCAGGAUGGCUAUGUGACCGAAGGAGGCAAUCAGGCCCUCAUCAACGAGGCUGGAUUCAUGAUCCAUUCAGAGAUCCAUAAGGCCAGACCGGACGUUGUUGCUGCUGCGCAUACGCACGGGGUUUAUGGAAAGACGUGGAGCGCAUUUGGGAAGGGAAUCGAGAUGAUCACCCAAGACGCGUGUAACUUCUAUGGUAGACUAGGUGUCUAUAUUGACCAUGGUGGAAUUGCAUUGGCUCAGGAAGAGGGGCAGCAGAUUGCGAAGGCUUUAGGGCAGGACAACAUGGCAUGCAUUUUGCAAAACCAUGGGUAUCACCUGCUUCUGGUCCCCGUUUUGUUGUACAAUUCAGCUGACGAUGUACGCAGUUUGUUAACCGUAGGUCGAACAGUAGAUGAAGCAGCCUUCCUUCUUUCCAGUUUGGACCACGCGUGUCAUUCGCAGCUGAUGGCUGAAGCGGCCGCUGCCAAUGGGGUACCGAAGGUCAUCAAUGAUGAAGUGGCUCAGUAUACGGCCAAUGCGGUACAGACUCCGCAUCAUUUUUAUACUGAAUUCCAACCUGAGUUCGACCUCAUUGUGGAGGAGACCAAUGGGCGGGUUCUUCUGUGAUGGGGAGAGAUAUGAUAUAGCGAUGAGCAACACCCUCUAAAUAACUACUUGAGGCUACGAGCCUAUUCUUAAGAAAGUCCUUUAGAUUACUCCAGAGAGAUUGAGGCUGAAACGGCCCCCAUCACUAGCCUCUGGCCCCUACCCUAGGACCCAUUAUUUCCCCAGGGCCAGCGCUAUUUUCGCCCAUUCUCUCAACGAUCAUGAUUAUC